UAUUGCGAAAAUUUAAAUUUAAAAUAAAUGAGUCAAACUGCAUAUUAAUAAUGCUUGGAAUCGACUCGCUUGUAAUGCUGCUGUUAGUUGUACUAGCUCUAUUUUAUUCAUGCCAUACCUCAGAAAUUUUAAGGAAAUUUACUUAGUAUCAUAUUUCAUUGGAGAAGGCUUAAGCGGAGUUGUGCCAAGUGUCGUUGCUCUUGUGCAAAGCAUUGGAGAAAGUUCAGCGUGUAAUGAUAUUACUAAAGCGUCACACAUUACACUUCCAAGAUUCUCAUCGCAAUAUUACUUUCUAUUUAUCUUUGGAUGCUUAGUUUUAUCCUCGAUAUCUUUUUCUCUAUUGGAAAAUCAUCCAUACGUGAAGAAGGAAAAAAUAUGUUUCUCAACAUCAGACAAUAAUUCAUCGAAUAAUGAGAUUGAAAAUUUUACUUGCGAACGACAGAGACCAGUAUUAUCCGAGCAGUCGAUCAUUGAAAAUGAUUUAAUGAGAAAUCAUGCGUUUAUACAGAAGUACGCAAAAACUAAUAGCGGAGGAGCCUCAAAUAUUAGAAAUCAAUUAAAAUUAAAAAAUUUAUAUUUAUAUAUUCUUUUGAGUAUAAUUUGUCUACUAGGUAAUGGAUUACUCCCGAGUCUCCAACCGUACUCUUGCAUGUCUUAUGGAAAUAUGACCUAUCACUUGAGUGCUAUUUUUUCACAAAUUGCUAAUCCCUCUGCCUGUCUUUUAGCCUUAUGGUUUUUACCAAAAAACAUAAAAGUGAUUAAUUUGUUAUCCAUUGUAAUAUUUGUUUUAAGCAGUUAUAUAAUAUAUCUUGCAUUGAAUUCGUUGAAUUCGCCUCUUCAAGAUUCGAAAAUUGGAGAAGUUUUAGUUAUCCUUUCCUGGAUUUUGUUAAUAGGAUUUAUUUCUUAUGUUAAAUUAAUCAUUACAUCAGUAUUCAGAAGAAAAUCUGAGAAAACUCUUUUCUUAGUUGGCGUUGCUAUGCAAGCUGGCUCUGCGUGUGGUGCAAUACUAUCAUUUAUUGUAAUUAAUUAUACAAAACUCCUCCAAGAAUAUAAGCCAUGUUAUAAUUCAGUUAAUUAAUGUAAAUGGCUUAAUUUAUGAUUUUGAUUUAUUUUCGAUUACUAUUUGUCAUAUGUGCAUGUAAAUUAAUGU